UCAUCCACAUCUGCUCGCGAAUCCACCCCCUCGCCGCGACCCAUUGUCCCCGCUUGUUGUCCGAGCACCCCUCGGCAACAGAUCUCGCGCUUGCACCCCCACCGCUCGUUCCCCUGCAGCGGCGGGCAAGGCAUGGUUUUUGAGCAAGCUCGCGCGGGCAAGGCAUGCACUCGUUGGAGUCGCUUCUUCAGAAAUGCACCUCCCUCUCCCGCAUCAAGCAGCUCCAAGCCCAUCUCGCUCAUCACCGGCCGCCCGGCCGACCAACGCCCGCACGAGGCUCGCGUCGAGCUCGCGCAAUCUCGACUUCCGGCGACCUCUCUUUCGUGACCCACGUUUUCCACCGCAUCCUCCGCCCCUCCACGAACGACUUCAACGCUAUCCUCAGAGGCAUCGCCCAGAGCCCCGAGUCCGUCGGCGCCGUCUCUUGGUACCGCUCCAUGCUGCACGGCUCCCGCAGGGUCGACGCGCUCUCUUGCUCCUUCGCCUUGAAGGCUUGCGCGCGCGCCCUCACGAUCUCCGAGGCAAUGCAGCUGCACUCCCAAGUGGUGCGUUUCGGGUUCUGUGCAGACGUGCUGCUGCGGACGACUCUGCUGGACGUGUAUGCGAAGGGUGGCGAUCUUGAUUCUGCGGAGAAGGUGUUCGAUGAAAUGCCUGUGAGAGAUAUUGCCUCGUGGAACGCGUUGAUUUCCGGGCUAGCUCAGGGCCAUCGACCCACUGAGGCUAUAUCUUUGUAUAAGAGGAUGAAAGAGGAAGGCUUGAAGCCUAAUGAAGUAACGGUUAUUGGUGCUCUUUCCGCGUGCUCGCAGCUGGGAGCCACGCGAGAAGGUGGAAGGGUUCAUGACUAUAUAACGGAGGAGAAGCUUGAUCAAAAUGUCCAAGUUUGCAACGUUGUUAUUGACAUGUAUUAUCAAUUAGGCCGCUCUUGGCCUGAGUUGGUGGGACAAAAUGGAGAGAAAGCAAAGGCGGUGAUCGAGAAGGACGAUGUGGACGCGGAGGUCAUAUUGAAAUCGGCGAAAAAUGGAAGUGCGUAUACGGAAGUUUGUUGUAACCGAGUAUAUGUUUGGAUCGAUGAAAAUAGCAAUGUCACUGAACCACCUGUGGUCAGAUAG